CUCUGGCGGCCAUUUUGAGUGAUACCCAAAGACCCCACUAGGGAACACUGUUCUCUACUGGGUGGUCAUGAAGUCUGGCUCAGUAAGCCGACCACACUUGACGGCGUAACGUGUCCAUCGCCGCUCCUGACUCUCCGCUUUAUUUGGCUGGACACAGAUAUCUCAACUAUCAUCAUGCGACUGUUGUUGUCGCUGUUGUUCCUGGGAGCAAUGGCAGUGACAACGCUGGCCCAGGAGAACCAAUGCACGACGAACAGCUUCCGGAGACUGCCACCAGCAAUGCAGAAUGAGCACAUGUGCAUGAUCCUGGAGAGGAUCCAGUUUGACACCACUCAGGACCGGGUCCAGAGAGACACGCAGAUAAACAACCUGGUCAGCAUGGUGUCUCGACUGGAGGGCAAGUUGUCCCGUGACCUCAGCCGGAUCUCCAACACUGUCAACCCCAAGGUCACUCGGGUCAGAGGUUUCCCUGCACUCAGUGACAUCCCCGUAGCCAGAGACUGUAACGAACUGAAGAUGAGCGGUGUCAACAUCAGUGGCAUCUAUCCUCUCAAACUGCCUAACAACUUCGUCGUCAAUGCCUUCUGCGACAUGGAUACAACGACAGGCGGAUGGACAGUCAUACAGCGCCGUAGAGAUGGAACGGUCAACUUCACACGCAAGUGGGACGACUACGCCUUCGGAUUCGGCAACAUCAACACCGAAUUCUGGCUGGGUCUCGACAACAUAUAUCACAUGACGCGUAGCAUGAACUACACGCUCAGGGUGGAGAUCUGGGACUGGAACGACGACCACUACUACGCACUUUAUGACUAUUUCCGAGUUGGCCCCGAAGAUGAGUUCUACCCAUUGCAUGUGUCCGGGUAUGAAGGCACAGCUGGAGACUCCCUCGAGUAUCACAACAAAAUGCCAUUCAGCACGCCUGACAAGGACAAUGACCAAUGGUGGACAAGCUGUGCCAACAAGGAUCGAUCGGGGUGGUGGUUUAAGGCGUGCCACUAUUCCUCCCUCAAUGGUGUGUUCUAUAAGCGGGGCCAGAACAACGUCACGCCCGAUGGUGUUAUCAAUGGUAUCAUCUGGUAUCAUCUGAAGAAUGACAGAUCGUACUCCCUGAAGAGUGUUGAGAUGAAGAUCAAGCCACGUGUCGCCAUUAUGGAGGAUACAGCUAAGUUGGCGGCGGAGAACGCACGGUCAAAGAAGAAGAAGAGGAAGAAUAAGAAGAACCGCGAAGUUUUUAACCCAUACGAAGGUCUCGACGAUGGCUCGUCUGGGGCAGUUGGCUGAACGCACACAGGUAGUGGUUGGUCAGUUUCAGGAGUGAAGGCAGGGGUCAAGGUCAGCUGGGUCAAGGUCAGUUGGUGUGGGACAUAAUAGCA